AUGGAAUAUAAUAAUUACGGAGAGGCAGAAGAAGACGUUGGAAGAAAAAGAGUUCCUAGACAAAGAAAAAUUAUUGAUGGAAUCCAAAAAUCCAGAGAUAACUUUGCUGUCCAAUUCGGUCUGAUGUUCGUAGAUUUUAUUGAGGAUCAUGAAUCGUAUAUGAAGCAACUUUUAAAUUUGAGAAUAUCUGGCAGCAAUACUUUAUAUGUGGAUUUUAAAGAACUUUAUAGCUAUAAUUCGUCAUUGGGCUUAGGAAUCUCUAAACAAUAUUAUCGAAUUGAGCCAUAUCUUCGUAAAUCUGUUGAGAUUCUCAUGGAUUUUCAUUAUCCUAAAGAAUCAAUGCAGCCCAACAAUAACAAUGGCAAUAAUGACAUUAUCAAUAAUAUUAAUGCUCAAGAUGAUGAUACCAAUAUUAUGGAAACUGCACCACUGCCAGCUAUAACAGAACUUGAUAAUACAAUAUCGAAUACUCAACAAAAUAAUAAUCAGUCUGUAACUAAUGAAUUGGAUACAUUGGAAAAAUCAUUUUCACUGAAAUAUUCACCUUCACUAUGUAAAACACCAACUUGUUCCAACAGAAACAAAUGGAUACUUAACAUUGAUAAAUCUGACUUUACUGAUUGGCAACGAAUCCGUAUUCAAGAAAAUCCAAAUGAAAUACCCACUGGUAGUAUGCCUAGAACUAUUGAAAUAAUCGUUCGAGGCGAAAUGGUUGAUCGAGCAAAACCUGGUAAUAAGUGUGUAUUUGUUGGAACUCCAUUAGCAAUCCCAGAUAUUAAUCAACUUGGUGUUCCAGGUUCUGGAACAGAGAUUGAACGUAACAAUCAUAAUGUUCAUUCAAAGAUGUUUGAUGGUAUUGCUAGCGAAGGUGUUACUGGUAUAAAAGCGCUUGGCGCUAGAGACUUAUCUUAUAAAAUAUCGUUUUUAGCUUGUAAUGUAUAUUUAUUUGAUGCAAAGUUUGACAAUUUUAUUUUGGGAAAAGUUGAUAAUGACAUAAUUGAAGAAGAGUCUAGAGGUAUCACUGAGAUUUUUACUGCAGAUGAAAUGUCACAAUUGGAAACAAUGGGCAAAGAUAGUGAUAUUGUUAAUAAACUAGUUCAAAGUAUUGCUCCGACAGUAUUUGGUCAUGAAAUUAUAAAGAAAGGAAUUUUACUUCAAUUAUUAGGUGGUGUUCAUAAGGUAACUCCAGAGGGCAUUAAUCUUCGUGGAGAUAUAAACAUUUGUAUUGUUGGUGAUCCUAGCACUAGUAAAAGUCAAUUUCUCAAAUAUGCCCAAACAAUGAGUCCACGAUCUGUUUACACAUCAGGUAAAUCAUCUACAGCGGCUGGCUUAACAGCAGCUGUUGUAAAAGAUGAAGAAUCAGGUGAUUUUACUAUAGAAGCUGGAUUAAAGCCUCAGAUUUCACAUGAAGCAGGAAAAUUACUCGUUAAAAGAUAUAAAGAAUUGAGAACUGAUGAUGCUUCAGGUGUAAAUCAAAAUUCAUAUCGUAUCACUGUUCGCCAAUUGGAAAGUAUGAUCCGUUUAUCUGAAGCUAUUGCAAAAGCUCAUUGUGCUCAAGAGAUAUCACCUGAAUAUGUGGAUGAAGCUUAUAAUCUACUUAAAGAAUCCAUAAUUCAUAUUUAUCAUGAUGAUUUGGUUUUGGAAUACUUUGAAACAGAUGAUAUUGAUAACACGCAAAGAACUAUAAUGUCAACUCAAAAUGAUAGCGUCAUGGAUUUAGAUGUAGACACUACUAACAAUGAUGAAUUGAUGAUAUCAAGAGGUGAAUCAUCAUCUUCUGUUGUUACAAGAAGACAGUUGACUUGUACAGAACAAGAUUUAUCUCAAUGGUAUUUAGAGUAUCGACAAGAGAAAGCGGCAAUUAAUUCCGCGGAAGGAAUAGCAUUGGAAGAAAAAAAAAUCAAAUGUUUUAUUCAAAAAAUGGAAAAAGAAAAUUGGAUUAUUAAAAUCCCAAUACUAGAAGAUGACGAAGAUGAACAAAUGCAAGAUAACGUGAUCGAAAAUCCAACAAUAAAAUAUAUGGUCCAUCCAAACCUAGUCGAUAACAACGUUUAA